UUGCCGCGCGUUUUCUUCGAUGUUUGUGCUGACAAGCAGCAGCUGGGACGCAUCAUCAUGCUGCUCCGUGCGGAUGUGGUGCCCAAGACCGUGGAGAACUUUCGUGCUUUAUGCACCGGGGAGAAGGGCUAUGGCUACAAGGGUUCGGUGUUUCAUCGCAUAAUACCCACGAUCCUGGUGCAGGGCGGCGACUUCUGCGAUCAGAAUGGCACUGGCGGGCGCUCCAUCUACGGGGAGUGCUUCGCCGAUGAGAACUUCGAGCUGCAACACGACACGGCGGGUGUGCUGUCCAUGGCCAGUGCUGGCGCGCACACAAACAACUCCAAAUUUCUGAUAACCACGGGACCAACGCCCUGGAUGGAUGGCAAGAAUGUGGUCUUCGGGCACGUGGAACUGGGCAUGGAUGUGGUGGAGCGCAUGGAGGACUUUGGCUCGAGGAGCGGCAAAACUUCGCGCAGAAUUGUCAUCGAAAACUGCGGCGAUAUCGAGCUGAUUGAAGGAGUGACAAAGCCAUGGAAUAUGUCCGUGUAUAAGCCCAUAAAAUGA